AUGCUACAGUCCACCUGUUUACGACAUGAGAACCUGCGUGGCAUCCAUGAAGGUGCGAGUAUCUUUACUGCCAUUAGGAAGAAAUAUCACGAGCGCCAGUCCACCUGGGAUUUAGAACACUCGCUUUCACGCGGUCAAACUGAGAUUCAAUCUCUGUAUCACCAGCACUAUCAAGAGCUUGAUCAGCAAUACGAGGAAGGUGACUGGAUCGCCCGUGAGCAGAUGAAGGAUAUCAUCAUCACAUUGCAGGGGACGCUGCUGAGACACCUCCGCUUGGCGGAGGAUCACGGUGCCACUUUGGAUCUGGUGCCUUUGCAGAUAGAGGUCGAGGAGGCCCGCGUUCGCACUCUCGUCAUUAUGAGAGAUCUAUACAGGCGUCUUUUAGAGUCGGUUUAUGUUCCCCGAGCUUUCUCGAUGUCUACCAAUCUAAACGGAGAAAGCCUUUCGGAUGUGGACACAGGAAAUGCUACACUGUUACAUGGUGUGGACGCGACACUGGAGCAAUCUUUAUCUCCCAGUGGAACAGAAUCCCAAGAUGCCAUCUUCCAUCAAUCAAGGCCAUUAUUUCUCGCUCAAAGCUCCGACUCCUCGACUGCAUUCUCAGUUGCAACAAACAUCACAAGUUUGGAGCUUGAAGAGGACUCAAUAGAUGCAGGUAUACCGACAAAGAAUAUGGACCACCUCUUGAACGCAGCUUGUUAUUUCAGUGUAUUAGACCAGCUCGAGCGUCAAACCGCGCAGACACUCGGUAUGAAGGAUAGCCCAUACAUUGAGCUUGAAUCGCUACAUGGCUGUAUUGAGUGUCUCGAGAAUUAUUACGCUGCGCUGGGAGAUCUGGGGUCUGAAGGCUUUUGUGGAACCAUGAUCAGCAUUUUGAUCGAAGAUCAGGACCGGAAUGGUGUUGCUAAAGCCUUCCAUGUAUCAUUGCGCCAGAUUCGCAGUUUGCUGCAGACUAUGGCGAACGAAUUCGACGAGGAGUUCUUGAAAAGGUGCACAAAGCGCUGGAUGCAAAAGGUGCUCAAUGUCGAUGUCACGGCCCUCUCGGACUGUAACUUGGUAGGAAUCAUUCGCCCCCUAUGUGAAAUUCUGUCAAUUGGGCUUGUGUCAUUCUCUGGAUCCCACGUGUCUCGGUUCGAUAUUAAUUUAUGGGAUCAAGAGAUGGAAAAGAUCCCUGUGAGUCUCGAUGGGUACGCUUUCAUGCCACGAAAGCUAGCUUGCUUAGACGACUUUAUUGGUGGUCCUGCAUGGAUUCUAGGGAAGGCCUCUGCUCCAUCUGGCGGAAUGAAAAUAUCUCUCACCCUUCAGGAUCUUGAUGAAUUGUGGGGACCGGUCUCACUGGUGGGGGGUACUACAGAUGAAGCGCCAGUCAUUCAGACAGAGAGAGGCUUCAUCGUCCCACUUCCACGAGAGCAACAAUCUUCCUCGUUUAACUCUUCAUUGUGUGGUGAGAUUGAGUGUCACUGGGUGACAGAGAUCCCAGAAUAUAUCUCCGAUGAGAACGCAGAUACGGCAAUUCUUAUUCACGACACAUCAAGGAUAUUAAUCGGCACAUGCCCUGAUGGUGACGCUGGUCUUGUUGUCAAUGAAAAGUGCAAGUCGUCAAUAUACGUGAGUGACGGGUACGACGUUCAACUUGUUGGCGGACAGUACGUCACAGCCGGCAUUAUGAAGAAGUACAAGAGGAUCCCGAAGCGCACGCUCAAAGCAAUGCUCAUCACAGACUGCACAAAGCCAGAUACAAGGCUUGUCCCACUUCUAAAUCUCCGUGUCGGAUUGGAAGUAAGUGCAUGCACCGGAAAUGCGCAGCGAGUGACGCUCUGGGAUGCUCUCCGCUUCUCUCAAACAAGCACCCAACCCACAGAUCACCCAAUCUAUUGCGCCCACAAGGUCGGUGACAAGUAUUGUAUCAACUCAUGCUGGACUAGAUGGCAGUCAAUAGAAGAGAUAGAUUCCCUCGACUAUACGCCCGGGAGAGUUCAGGUUCUCACAGGUGCCGAAGCCCGUCGCCUGAUCAUAAACGCCAUUCUCGCGCUCGAGCACUCGGGUAUCGACAGCGAUGGGAACCUCCAAGUAUCUUGGCCGUUCAGCAAUAGUCCCGCCAGUUGUCCUGUAUUACCAUCCACACCACAAGAGUCUCAUAACUGGUUUCGGGUGGUCAAAGAUACGCGGGACACAUCCAGCUUUGCCGUCUUCAGUCAAAGGUGUCUAGAGUUCUCGGAGGAGGAAACCAUACGGGCUUGCUCUGCGCUGAGCAAAGAAGGGCAUUUGAGGCCAUUCCAAACUACUCUUUUGACGCGUAUUCUGGCACCUGGGCAAGAGGGAUCAGUCUCUGGACUGCUGGUAGGGGUCAGGUUUUUAAUAGGAGAGGCACACUUGACAGUCACAAAGGCAGUGCAAGACCAGUUGGCGAUCAUCGCUACUGUUAGCAUGAAUCCUUUGAACCCUCUGCGGUAUCGACUGCGUGAGAUCUUGCCAGAUGCCCGAGCCAUUGACUUCAAAGAACAAAUCUGGCCUGAUAUCACAGCAGGGGGCUCCGUUCCGAUUUUUAUUCACUGA